CUACCUGGAGCUGGUGACAUCCAACCACCACUCCGUGCAGGCCCUGUCGUGGAGGAAGCUGUACCUGAGCCGAGCCAAGCUGAAAGCCUCCAGCAGGACCUCUGCGCUGCUCUCUGGAUUUGCGAUGCUGGCGUAGGUGUAAAAUCCAGAUGUGUAGAAGCUGUUUUCUACCCCAGGCACGUGUUAUCUCUUGGUGCUGACAGAUGUGUUCAGGCUUGACCGUGAUCCCCUCCUUCAGGCUGCUGAUGGUCUCAGAAUAAACCCAGGUAAGGCAGCAGUCGUGCCAGUGCUGCUUCCACCCUCUUAAAUCCUUCUCAGGGCUACCAACGGGGACAGUGUGAGCGUACUUUAAUUGUAGUGCCUAAAUAACAUUAAUAACAUCAAAUUAACACUAAUUAACAAGUAAUGCCGCAGUGAAUGGUGCGGAUCACCGUACAGAGCCCGAAAUGGCUGCUCAUACAAAGCGUGGAUGAAGCGGUGAUGUCUGUUGUGCAGAAUCCACCUCCACCCUGGAAUCCAGCCGCUUGUGCCAACUUUCCCUCCCCGGAGCAGCUCUGAGAGGUGCUGGGCUGGGGCUGGUGUCCUCGAUCAGCUUCUCCUGCCCCUAACACACACGGUGCAAUGGAGCAGCAGGCUGCCUGGGCUCACCAGAGGUUUUGCAGGCUGCACCAAGUGAUGCUGGAGAGUUACCAGAGGGCAGCGCUGGGUAUUCCCAUCCACUAUCUCGUAGCUUCCCUUGGCAAAAGCUUCCUGCAGCCCUGCCGGGGCUGACACCACGCAGCAACACACGUGCUGGCUUGCUUUAUAGACUGGUGAAGUAUUUUAACAAAUUCCUGUGCUAAAGCAGCUACGGACCCAUGGCAGGACUGCAGCUCUGGUGCCAGAGGGGCGCCGCUCUCCUGCGUUUGUUGUUUGUUAAACAGCACUCGACUGAAGGUGCAGUUGAGGCUCUUUUGAAACAGCUUCAGAGACCUGUGUGCUGUGAGCCUUUCCUGAAACGAGAGCCCAGCUGCUAACACGCCUGUAGCUGUCCACCUCUGCUGAACGUAUCAGUUGCCAUGGUGGAGGUGCAGCUGGAGAUGCAGUACAAGUACCCCCAGAUGCUGCUGAUCGCCUUCAGUGCCUGCACCACGGUGCUGGUGGCCGUCCAUCUCUUCGCUCUUCUCAUCAGCACCUGCAUCCUGCCCAACGUGGAGGCAGUGAGCAACAUCCACAACCUCAACUCCAUCAGCGAAUCCCCCCACGAGCGCAUGCAUCCCUACAUCGAGCUGGCGUGGGGCUUCUCCACGGUGCUGGGGAUCCUCCUCUUCCUCGCAGAAGUGGUGCUUCUGUGCUGGAUAAAAUUCCUGCCCGUGGACUCCAUCCAGAAAAACGAAACCGUCACCAUCCAGAAGCCCAGCGGCCACGCGGGCUGGCAGGCGGCGCUGGUCUCCACCAUCAUCAUGGUCCCCGUGGGGCUGAUUUUUGUCGUCUUCACCAUUCACUUCUACCGCUCCUUGGUGCGGCACAAAACGGAGCGCCACAACCGGGAGAUCGAGGAGCUCCACAAACUCAAAGUGCAGUUAGACGGGCAUGACAGAGGCAUGCAGGUGGUGUGAGGGGCUGAGAGCAACGUGCCCGUUCUGCCAGUCGGUGAGACACACGGUGAUGGAUCGUCCCGAGGCUUAAAUAUGUAAAUGCUAAUUGCCUGCCGUAUUUAGCUGUGGGUUCUAGUGCUGUUUCAGAUGCUGGGGUCUCUGGUCCUACACACUUCUGUACUUAAGUAGACACUGUUGUGGAGUUCGAGAUCAAGUCUUGAUCUACGUUGGUACAAGUAGCCAAAAAUCUGCUUUUUUUUUUUUUCAUGUUUUUCAUUUUUUUUCUUUUUUUACAAAUGCAACAUUCAGUUGUCAAAAGUAAAACUGCAUCAGCUGUCCACAAAGGCUGUGUGUGUGUGUGGGACCUGUCUCACGUGUCAGAACUCCCCGGCUGUCAGUGCAGCAGCAAUUAAUUGGCAGUUUAUUUCUAGAGCUGUGCUGGUUAAUGAAGGUAUCUGCUUCCAACCUGAGGACCUCCAGGAAAGCACAAUAGAAAUGUUCAUCACCUCGGUUCUAAAGCAAGCGUUCCAUGAGUACGUAACCAGGAAGGAACCAGCCUUAGCUUUUAUGUUCUGUUCUUGCUGUUCCUUACUACGUUUUUAUGUCUGGGGAGGUCGAAAUUUGAAUUGCAGGGGGCUGAGUUCUGUCGUAAUUUCUCCAGCAGCAUCUGUCACAAUAGAUUGAACGAAUGCCGAGAUCAUGGGAGGGUUUUUUCCAAUAAGAAGCAGGAGUGCCCAGGGAAGGCCUACAGGUGUUUGUUUUAACAAGGACAUUCCUAAAACAGAACAGUGACGGGGAAUUUAACGAGACAAAAUUCUGAAGGACUAGAGAAGUUUCAAGGAGGUAAAGAGUGACAGCAGGCUGUGGAAAUUGUCCCUGUGUUGUUUUCAGUUGUGUGCUGUUUCAAUGUCUUUCUCCUGGCUUGAUGCAGAGAACAAGCCCCAGUCCUGUGUUUUUCAUCAGUGUUUGUCAGCUGUACGUUCACCUGUCCGAAAGGAAUGCUUCCUCCUCCCUGCACCAAGGCAGGCAGCUCCUCCGGGGUAACCUGGAGCUGCACGGGCGAGUCUGGAGCUGGAUCCUGGAGAUCUGGGUGCCACUGAAGAGCUAUCACCUUCCACUUGAGCUGACUCUUUUCCAGCAGCAGAAAAAAAGACACUUGCACGUUCGUUUUGCUUAGCAGGGGAAGCUUGUGAAUACUCUAGCAUCCUUUUGGGGGAAAACUUCUGUAAAAAAAUAGUUUUAUGAUUUGUGGUAACCUUGUGGAGAGAAGUGCUUUGCAGUCAUCAGCUCUCUUAAGGGCAAGGGAGGCUUUCCCAGGGCUGCAAGAAGCACAUUUCCUUAGCCCUGCUCCUUUGCCGAUUUCCUGCUCUGCACUCCAACGUUGCAGUUAGGCUCCCAGGCUCUAUAGGUUCCCGAAAUCGUUACGGAUGUUUGUAAUGUUCUAUUUAUCUCUGGUCCCUUAUUCCACUGGGCUUUGAGAAAUCUAAUGGCAGCAUAUUACAUGUCAGCUGCCUGGAGUGGAGAGCGCACGCAAAUCCCAGUGAGGCUAUCCCUGUGUUUCUCUCUGACGAGGGCCUUGGGAACCCAACUCCAAUUUCUCUUGUUUACAUGCAGGUUUGAGCAUUGCUGAACGAGUUGCUUAGCGCUGUGUCUGUGCCUUUCAUCUGUUGUUCUUGCCGCAGUUGGCGUGUACCAUAUUGGCUGAUGUGCAGCAAAGGAAAUCGUUGGUGUGUGAAACGCCCGGGCUGUGCUUAUGCACAUAUGCAAAAAAUGAGGAGUGUCCUCCAGGAAGUGGGUGGUCACGAAAUUCAUCCCAUCUCCCCGGGAGCCUGCCCUCUCUUCCUCCUCUUCUUACCAAAAUAAAAAAUUAAACGUUUACGUAACGAAAUCGGAGUUGAGUUUUCUGCCAAGCAUUACACGCGUGGGCUCUUCUACCGACAGAAUUCCUAUUGUCAGCCCAGAGCUGGGCCAGACAGGAUGAAUUCCUUAUCUGAGCUUUGUGCUUCCCUUUAACGGCAGGAAGAAUAGGGCUCUGUGUGUGCUGCGGAGCCCACGGGGCUGGAAAUUAGUUGUGGAGGAAAGUGUCGUGCCUUUUUUUUGUAGUAAAAAGGCUUGAAAUUUCACAGCGUGUACGUGGUGCUGUGACAGCAGUGCGGCUCGUCUGGAAGCAGCCAAGUCCAUGUCUUUGCAAAUAAACUUCAGCAAAUGGAGAAAGGCAGCAGAGACUGGGCUGGGUGUACAAUUAGUGGAGGCUUUGGUGGGAUUGGGUUCAAAGUAAUCUCAAGGCAGCGAGCAGCGACUGGAGAGGGAUCGCCUUACUCCAGCAGGGAGUCUGAGAUGGUUUCCCGUGGGCGAAUGCACUUUAAUCAGCGUAACUGUGUGCUUGGCCAGCUCUGCUCCCUGCUUUGCUUUUUGUCUCUCCCUGGGCUCCGAGUUCUCCCCUUCCAUGGGAGUAUUUUUGCUCCUUGGUGCCUGGGAUCUCUCCAGGUGCCCCAUCGCUUCGUGCUGCAGCUCCUCUCAUUCCUCCUUUCCACCAGCAGUGCUUGCUUCUCCUGCCUCUUCCUCUAAUAUUUGGACACGUUCACUGCUGCUGGGCCCAGACAUGUGUUGCAGCAGGAUCACCCGUGGUAUCAGCAAACAACACAAAUUUAAUCCAGGAAGGAGUGGGGACACCGUACGUGUCCAGACUGGAGUUUCCAUGCUUUGGUGCCGGAAAAUCCUUGCUCCUGCUGCUGCCCCUGUGGCUGACAGCAGGAUUCCCAGCAGCUGAGCACGGCGAUGCCUUUCUUUUGGCAGCACCGUGUCCUGUCUUGUGUCUGGCCUCGGGCACUCUGUGCCUUUGUGUCGGUGUCACUCCUGGGGCAUCAUCGCUGCUGUGGGGUCUUGCAGCCUUGGAGCAGCUCCGUGCCCUGGGAGGGUGAUUUUGUUCAGGGGGCAGGCGUGGGCUCCUCUCUCCUCGCAGCAGGGGUCAGGACCGGGCACGAGUGCAGGAGGGAGCCGGGGGUGCCCACUGGCUGGGGUUGGUGGCGUUUGUAGAGGUCUGGUGGUGUGGGUCCAGCAGGGGCUGUGCCCGGUGUUCCUGGUGCCAGGAGGGCGAGGGCAGCUCGCUGUGGGGUCAGUGGUGGCUGGGCUGUGGGCUCUGCCUGGGGGUCUGGGUGCCUGGCCAGCUGCAGGGCUGGCUGCUCACACCACGCGCUUUCCUCCUACCUUUCCAAGGCUUUACGUGGGAUUUCACCCCGUCCCUUCUCUUCUUUUCCCUUCCAUAACCAAACAAAAAGCCUUCAGGAUUCCCUCCUGUCAUAGCUUCAUUAUCUUCCAGCUCGUACAUAUAACCUCCCCCCGAGCUGCAACCUCAAAUCUGCAUCCCAGCACAAGGGGGGCAGCCUGCUUACCUUCUGACUGUCUGCUCACAGGGUGUUUGAAAGUGGUGAAGAGACCAGAAAAUGUCCCCAGUAAUAAUUUACUGGCUGAAUUUAGAAAAGUUCCCGUGAGCGCCCGUGCAUGUGAUUCAGAGCUUGCCUCGACCACGAUGUUGACUCAGUGAAGUGCCAGGAAAGAGCAAACCUCUGCCUUUCUGAUGGCCUGGCCUUGUUUUAUCUCUGCAUGAGCAAUAUUUAAUACAGAACGACGCACGUAUCUCGGUUACCGUUUGAGUGAAACUGGGUAAACGUGCUAAGUUUUAUGCUACUUGUUGAUUUCAGACUGAUUUUUUAUUCAAAAGGCAGCUGAAGUCCUCCAGCAUCCUCUUUGGGUUAAUCUGUGCUUUUCUUUUUAUCAAAGCUCGCACAGAUAUUACCGAUCUCCUUUUAAAACACGUAAGUAGAUAUAAAACUGAUGCACUUUUUUUUAAUGAGGGCCUGGUUCCUGGCAUGCGUUUUACAAGUGCUAAUCUUGGUUAAGAAGAUAAACAGCUGCGAUAGCAGUUCCUAGAACAUGAAGACUGUUAGAGUUUGUCUUAUGUUAACGACAUGAGCACAGUGGACAAAACUAUUUUUAACAGAUGAUUAAUGACGAUUACAACCUCUUCAUACUCUUCUCAGACUUUUUGUGGUAUUGGAUAAUCCAAAUCAAUCGUUAAUGUUCUACAACGCUGUAGGUCUGGCUUUUUUAGGAGAGAAUGUGCAUAAAGUUUUAGUAAUACAAAGUCAGUGAGAUUGUAAUUGCUUUAUGAUCUCUCUGAGAUGAUGCCCAAGAGACAAUUUAACGGGUGAAAAAUGUCAAAAGAUAGACGUAGCAAUGACUGAGGAGAGACUACAUUAAGUGUUGGGCUUCAGAAACCAUCUAGACAAAGCCCUCGGUUUUUGGCUCAGAAGAUAAUUAUGUGCAGGUUUUAAACUUAAGAUAUCGAGUAGGCAGAGCUGGAAUUUUCUAGCAAGAAAGGCAGCUUUCUGUACAGUUUGAACGAGGCAGAAAAACCCGGCUAACAAAUGCAGAGCACAAAAUGAACUAAUGUUGUUUAUCUUUUCAUCGUGGCACACUGAUUCAUCAGAAGCUAUCAUCUGCUUUCAGUGCUGGCAGAAUGAAACAGCAGGUAUGUGUAGAGACAGUAUUUUAACAGGCUGGGAGCACAAUAGAAAUGUGAAAGCGAGCGUUGGAAAUAAGAGCCAAGCAUUAAUGGAAAUAGUUGAUUGCCACGUUUUGCCACACGAGCAGAUUGAUGCGGAGGCUCGGCACUGAAAGGCAGGAGGGUGAUGGCAGGAUGCGGUCUCAGAGCUCGUUCUUCCUCCAAAAGGCUGCUCUGGGUUUCCUUGUGGCUUUGUGCCGAGGUCCAGCAGGCUGCCAGCCGUGUCCUCCUGCUUGGCUGGACGUCCUCUGACCCGCUGGCAGCGAUGCCCUGAGGCUGGGACACCGCAGCUCUGGCCAGGAGCACGCUGUGGAGCCCAUGGGUGCAGGCAGCAAAGGACCAAUUGCACCAGCCUGCCCUAAAAAUGUUAGGAACUGUGAUUUUGAGAUGGAUUUCUUCUGGUGGAGCUUGGCUGCCUGUUGCACGACUGUCUCCUUGCAGUGACAGCCUUCUGUCAGAGAGGGCAUGCUGGAACUGCUGCUGGAGAGCCUCGGUGACGCCGUCAGCAGGUCCUGGACGCAGGUUUGUGGUUUCGGGCAGCCCACGGGAGUGGCGCUCACUGAUCCCUCCUGCCAUUAUUCUGUAGCCCUGUCCACAGCUGUUUAAAUACUGGGCUAAACUGAGCCUGGCUUAUUGCAGCGGUGAAGCAGCAUAGAUGUAACUGUUCAUAACAUCCUGAUUCACCAAACUGAAUUCUAGUAAAUUAGUUCUAUUGGGCUGAAGAGCUGCCUUCUCUGCAGUGCCUGCAGCAGAGGGCAGAGUCUACAGUGUGAAUGCACUACUGGUACAUUAAGAACCUGUGUCUUGUGCCAAGGAAGUACUUCUAAGACAGGAUAUGUCUGUACAGGAACGCUGAAAUCCCAUGUAAUAAACCUGUUCCUCUUUUUCUUACUGGACAAAACCA